GAUGGCUUUUCAGACUAGUGCGGUUCAGCAGGAAAGAAAACUCCCUUGUCAAGUCACAAUCAGGACAAGGAAGGGGUGCUUCUAGGCAAAGAAUGGUUUCCUGCAGAUCUUUUUGAUAUCUCCACAAUGUCUGGGCUACUUAAUUCUGCUUUGAAUGGGUCAACUUCAAAUCUCCCAGACACGACAGCUAGAUCCUUUGCGACAUCUUUUUCUUCCCAAUCUGCAUCUGGAGCAGCAUCCCCUGUUUAUCAUCACGCUGGAACCAUACAAGGGUUGCAUAACGUGCAUGGGAGUUUCAAUGUGCCCAACAUGCCAGGCACAGUAGCAUCAAGAAAUUCAACACUGAAUGGUGUCCCUUCAAGUGGCAUUCAGCAACCAAUGGGAAGCCUCUCUAGUGGACGAUUUGCAUCGAACAAUCUUCCUGUUGCUCUUUCACAGAUAUCUCAUGGCAACUCACAUGGACAUUCAGGGGUCACAAAUAGAGGAGGAUUGGGAGUCUCUCCAAUUUUGGGAAAUGCAGGUCCUCGAAUAACAAGCUCGAUGGGAAACAUUGUUGGCGGGGGCAACAUUGGAAGGAGCAUAAACUCUAGUGGAGGAUUGUCAGUACCUGGUCUUGCUUCACGCCUAAACUUGACUGCUAAUAGUGGAUCUGGAAGUCUGGGUGUGCAUGGACCUAACAGAUUAAUGAGUGGUGUGCUUCAACCAGCAUCACUGCAGAUGAUUUCAAUGCUUGGAAAUUCAUAUCCUACAGCUGGAGGCCCGCUACCUCAAAGCCAAGUCCAAGCAGGGAAUAAUUUAAGCUCAAUGGGAAUGUUUAAUGAUGUGAACUCCAAUGACAGUUCUCCUUUUGACAUGAAUGAUUUCCCUCAGUUGACUGGGCGCCCUAAUUCUGCUGGAGGGCCACACGGACAAUUUGGUUCUAUACGGAAGCAAAAUGUUGGUGUUAGUCCUAUCGUCCAACAGAACCAAGAAUUCAGCAUCCAAAAUGAAGAUUUCCCAGCUUUACCUGGAUUUAACGGAGGAAAUUCUGAUUAUGCAAUGGAUUUGCAUCAGAAAGAACAGCUUCAUGACAAUGCUGUGUCCAUGAUGCAGUCUCAGCACUACCCAAUGGGUAGGUCUGCUGGAUUCAACUUGGGGGGAACAUAUUCAUCUCAUCGUCCACAGCAACAGCAGCAACAUGCGCCAUCAGUCAGUGGCAGUGGGGUUUCCUUUACUCCUGCUAACAGUCAGGAUAUGCUCCAUUUACAUAACUCUGAUCAUUGGGUCCCAUCUUCCCAUGCGGCCUAUCAUUCACAGGUUCAGACUGGUGCUCAACCUGGAAUUGGAUUGAGACCUUUGAACUCUCCCAAUUCAGUAUCUGGUAUAGGCUCUUAUGAUCAGCUUAUUCAACAGUAUCAACAACACCAAAAUCAAUCACAGUUUCGGCUGCAGCAAAUGUCAGCUGUGAAUCAGUCGUUUAGAGAUCAGGGCCCGAAGUCAAUGCAGGUGCCACAAGCUGUUCCUGAUCGAUUUGGUUUGCUUGGUUUACUAAGUGUGAUAAAGAUGAGUGAUCCUGUCCUGAUGUCCCUUGCACUUGGAAUUGAUCUGACAACUCUUGGGCUAAAUUUGAACUCAACGGAUAACCUUCACAAAACUUUUGGUUCCCCAUGGUCCGAUGAGCCUGCCAAGGGAGAGCCAGAGUACAGUGUGCCAGAAUGUUAUUAUACUAAGCCACCACCUGUGCUACAUCAAAUGUAUUUUUCGAAGUACCAGUUGGAAACGUUGUUUUAUGUCUUUUACAGCAUGCCGAAAGAUGAGGCCCAGUUGUAUGCGGCUAAUGAACUGUGUAAUAGAGGGUGGUUCUACCACAAAGAAAACCGUCUAUGGUUCAUAAGGAUCACUAACAUGGAGCCACUUGUUAAGACAAACACUUACGAGAGGGGAUCCUACCUAUGUUUUGAUCCAAACACAUGGGAAACAGUUCGCAAGGAUAACUUUGUUCUCCAUUAUGAGUUGUUGGAGAAGAGACCAUUGCUACCUCAACAUUAACAGAACAUUUUGCAUGUAAAGGUUCAGGUCACGCCCCCCCCCCCCCCCAAAAAAAAAAAAGAAAAAGAAAAAGAAAAAGAAAGAAGAAGCUCAUUAGGCACAUUGCUGCCGUGUAAUUUAAUUUCUUUUUAUUUCAUUCGGUAACUAUAUAACUGGUUUCCUUCAUUUUGCUGCUCGUAGCUGUAGUUUGCCUACCUCAUUGGUCUAAAUGUCCAUAACUUCUUGGCC